GACACAGCGGAUGUGAAGCGAAAACCGAAAUUGAUCGUCGGCGUGUUCUGUACGUUAAAAACGUCCUGAGCAAAUCGCUGGUAACUCGUUUAGAGCGAGUCCCUUUCAGCCAUGAAUACAGUGAGUGGACCGGUCCAACAAAUUAGUAUAACUGCCGCCGUCUGUGUACAUAAUAGCAACGUUUGAACUACUACUUUGACAAACUGAGUUCCUGCGCAUCGCCAGACGUUGAUGAACCGCUCGAACACAGCAGAGCUGUGUAGGCAGCCGCUGACUUGUGCGCAUGUGCGAUGUAGAUUUCGGGGAUGGGUCUAUCGAUGGAAUCAAGAUGGCGACUCUGGCGAAAGCGCCAAUAUAUUUACUGAAGUAGAUGUCUAAAAUUAACCGCUGUAGCGGGUUUUGUCAAACCCCUCGGGGGUUCCGUGAAACAUGAAGACCGUGAGCAUGUUUUGGAAUAGGAACUGACCGGGAUUAAUACCGUAACAAAGUCAGCGAGAUGUGCGAGAGCUAUGCCCGCUCGCUGCUGCGUGUUUCGGUGGCGCAGAUCUGCCAGGCUCUGGGCUGGGAUGCGGUUCAGCUCACUGCGUGCGAUCUGCUGUCCGAUGUGCUGCAUCGAUAUAUCCAGCAGUUGGCCAGGGCCUGCCAUCGGUACUCUGAGCUCUAUGGAAGAACAGAUCCAGUCCUGGACGAUGUCAGCCAGGCCUUCAGGCUGCUGGGGGUGAGUCUGAGUGAACUGGAGGACUACGUCCACAACCUGGAGCCUGUGGCCUUCACCCAUCAAACACCGCUCUUUCCUGUUAGCAAAAACAAUGUCCUGCAGUUUCCCCAACCUGGAGCCCGAGAUGCAGAGGAAAGGAAGGAUUAUAUUCCAGAUUACAUGCCACCCCUGGUCUCCUUACAAGAAGAAGAGGAGGAGGAGGAGGUCCUUGCUGACAUGGGCACCUCAGCCGAGGCUAUGCAGGUGGCACUGGAAGAGGAUGAGGAGGAAAUGGACGAAGACGAGACGGUCAACGAUGAGAACCACCCACUGAAGAGGCACCUGGACAGUCCUGAUGCAGCUAUGGGCAUGAUGCCUACCUCCAAGAGGCCGCGCAUGUACCCUGGCCUCAGCCCAGAAUGGGGCACUGAGCCAAGGGAGCCCCUUACCUCUCUCAACCCUCAACGUGUUCCCCCAGGCAUGCUGCCUACUCAUGAUAGCCUUGACCCCCUGUCACCUGAAACACCUUCUGGAGCCCUGCCUUCCUUCAGACCUCAGCCGGUAGUACCAAAACACUCAGAUCAAAAGGGCCUCACCACUCCAGGAAGAAAGCCUAGGGUCUCAUCCCCUGGGAGACAACGGACUAAGUCCCCUAAAGGGGUCAUUCCUGUUCCAGUGGGUGGUAGUCCCAUUCAAUCUCCAAAACCAUCUAAGGAAAGAAAGAAAUCCCCAGGGAGGACUAAGAGUCCUAAAAGCCCCAAGAGCCCAAAGAUGGUUUCAGCUAAAACAUCCCAACCCCAGAGCAAGACAGAUGGUGUGCAUAAGCUACCGCUGUCUGCGCUGAGUGAGAGGAUGGGCAAAGAAAACAUCCAUAUGCGUCUGAAUAUAGAGGACAGGGAGUUAGCUGAGGGCCCCUUCAAGAAACUGGAGCCUGAUAAUACAGCCAUCGAUGACUCCAUUGAUGCUGUGAUUGCCAGAGCGUGUGCUGAACGGGAGCCUGAUCCUUUUGCUUUUUCCUCGGGCUCUGAUUCAGAUAGCAACGGAUUCUCCAGCCCCAGGAGGCUGACCAUCAUGGAACCGUCUACGCCUAAAGUCCUGAUAGGAGCCAACAACACUGUAAAAGACACUUCAACACCACUUCACCCACACACACACGCAGGCCUAGGAAACUGGACUAUGGAUGAUUCAAUCAAUGAGGUGAUCCGAAAGGUCAACCAGGGUGGUCCAUCGGCACCCCCGCCUAACCAAGGAGAAUAUGUGUCCUCGGGAUCAGCCUCACCACCUACUCCUGAACCUCUGCUCAAGGUGUUUGAGGAGAAGAACAAGAUUGUGUCAUCAGUAGAUGUCAAGAAAAAGCUAAAGAAGGAGCUCAAAACUAAAAUGAAGAAGAAGGAGAAAGACAAGCCGAAAGACAAAGACCGGGAAAAGGAUAAGAGCAAGCUGAAAGAGAAGAACAAGGAGAAGAACAGGGAUAAAAACAAGGAGUUUUCCAAGGACAGCAAGAUGCCCUGGAAGGAGUUCGGAAUGAAGGAUGAUGAGCUCUUUGUUCAGCGAGACUUUACUCUGCCUGAGGGCUCCCUCAAGAUAAAAACCAGAGAUGGAGAUGGCCCUAAGAAGGAGAAAGAGAAACACAAAGACAAAAAGAAGGAUAAAGAAAAAAGUAAAAAGGACAAAGAUAAGAGGGACAAGGGUAAAGACCGAAGCAAGGACGACAGGCAGAAACAAUCUGCGUUAGCCCCCUUUGCUCUGAGUGAAGUCCCACCACUGUUCAGCCCCUCUGCCUGCCUGCGCAUACCCUCCAUGCUUCCUCCUUUGGCCCCGAUCCUCCAGGAUAAGGACAUAAAGAGCAAGGAGAAGGACAAGAAGAAAGACAAGAAGGAGAAGAAGAAGAAGAAAGACAAGGAGAAGGAUAAGGAGCGAGAGAAGGCCAAAGAAAAGGAGAGGGAGAAAGAAGAGAAGAGGAAAGAAAAGGAGAGGGAAAAGGAAAAACGAGAAAAAGAGAAAGAAAAAGAGAGAAUUCGAUUGGAGAAGGUGAAAGUGGACACUCCAGCAGCUUUACCGUCUCCAGUCAUCCCCAGACUGACACUCAGGGUGGGAGCAGGCCAGGACAAAAUUGUUAUCAGCAAGGUGGUUCCAAAUUCAGAGCCCAAGACGCCAGCACCCAAGACCCCCGCUGCCAAGUCUGGACCUGGGAAUCGCCCUCGGACGCCCCCGCCUCCUCCAAUACUCUCCCCAGUUGCACCUACUAUGCUUCCACCUGCCUCUCCACUCCCGCCAGCUCCGGCCCCUUCGUCACUGCUCUCCCCUGCCCCUAUGCUCUCUCCCCCCGCCGCGUCCUUCAAAACACCGGUCCGCAGCGUAGUAACUGAGACUGUCAGUACCUACGUGAUCCUAGAUGAAUGGGGAAAUCAGAUCUGGAUUUGUCCUGGAUGCAACAAACCUGAUGAUGGCAGUCCCAUGAUAGGAUGUGAUGACUGUGAUGAUUGGUAUCAUUGGCCUUGUGUUGGGAUCCUUACAGCCCCUCCCGAGGACCAGCAGUGGUUCUGUGUUAAAUGUUCCAGCAAGAAGAAGGACAAAAAACACAAGAAAAGGAAACACAAACUGCAUUGAGACUAUGCAAAAAGCACAUAUUUUGGACUUUUUUGGACAUAAAGCCAUCACUGAACACUCGUGGCACUGCUGUAAAAUAAAAAAAAGAGGAAGUUUAAAAUUGUGGCUGAUACUAACAUUGGAUGAUUUUUUUAAUGACGUCAGCCAUGAUGCGUUGUGAGUUGGCAAGAAAAAAGGCUUUAACCAGCACAUAUCCAGCCUUAGUUCUCAUGUGGGCUCUGAUUUUCCCUUUUCACCUGUAAAUUGUUUGCUUGUUGUUUUGGAUGUCCAGUCGUAGGAGAUUAUGACAAUUAUGUUUGUAUAGGGAGACCAUGACAAUUUGUCUAUGAUGAGAGCUCAACAAAACAGAGAACCAGAGAACAACUAACAUCCAUCGUCUUUAUUUCUGUUACCUCCGUGUUGUCACAAGAGGAAUGACCUGUAAGUCAAACCUUUCCCCAGUUUUCUGCAGUAUCAUUGAAAUGUCAUGUAUAUAAUGAUGAUGGCAUCAGGUGUGUAUAAAUGUGUCAAUACCAACUUCCAAGCCAAGUGCAUUUUGUUCUUAGGAUUCUGACUUGUUAAAUCCAUUUUCAGAUAUUGGUUUUUAACUCAAAUGAUUUUCUGUAAUUUCUGUACAUUUUUUAAAUUUAAAAUUUGUAUUUUUUCUUCAUAUGGAUUUGUCCCGGAGUUAUACUGUAGCUGUGCUUGUAAUGUAAUUCAUUUCGCUGAUAUUUCAAUAUUAAAGAUGAACAGUCUGUGUACUCACAGACUUUAAGACAUAAAUCUCA